UGCCCGUUUCACUGUGUGUUAGCAUAGUUAGUAAGGGCAGUGCAUGUUUGGUGACUUCGUGUGACAAAUUACCAUCACCAGAGGAAAACAAAUUGACAUGUGUAUUAUCAUACGGGUUUUUCCUUCUGCCAUACGACCCUCGAUGCAAUUAUGUAAUACCUGCGCACAAGAGAAUGGCCCUUCAACCUAAUAAGAUCAGAGCUGAAGAGAACAAUGCUUGACCUUCUGUUCUACGGCUUCCUGGGAGUCGUAGUCCUAUAUGCUGUACUGUUUAUCCUUAUUGUGGCGGGAGAUUGUGACCUGUACCUGCAGUUUUCUGCAAAAUUUGGAAAGAAAACAAGUGCUUUAAAAGGAAAAGUUGUAUGGAUUACCGGAGCUUCUAGCGGUAUUGGAGAACAUUUGGCGUAUGAGCUUGCCAAAGCUGGAUGUAAACUGUGUUUGUCAGCUCGUAGGGAACAGGAGCUCAUUCGAGUCAAAAAGGAGUGUUUAUUAAGUGGAAAAAUCGAAGAAGACGAUAUUUUGGUGUUACCUCUGGAUGUACUAAACUUUGAGACGCAUUCAUCCGCUACUCAACGUUUGUUAGAAUACUUCAAUAAGAUUGAUAUACUAGUAAACAAUGCCGGUCGCUCCCAGAGAGCUCUCUUUGAGGAGACAUCAGUAGAUGUGGACAGGGAAGUUUUAGAACUGAAUGUUUUAGGAGUUCUCUCCCUUACUAAGCAGGUGCUUCCUCACAUGUUGGAGAGGAAAGGGGGACAUAUUGUAGUUAUGAGCAGUCUUGCAGGAAAACUCAGUGCUCCGAUAUCUGCAUCAUACACCGGAAGUAAACAUGCAAUCCAGGGCUGGUUUUCUUGUCUGGCUGUGGAGACCUUUGACAGAAAUAUAGCAGUUACCCUCCUCUGUCCCGGUCCGGUGUUCUCAAACUUUCUAGAAACAGCUUUUACUGGGAAACCUGGAGAGGUAUUAAACGUGAAAAUGAAUUCAUCUGAAAAGAGAAUGUCUACCGCCCGUUGUGCAGAGUUAUGUGCCCUUGCCAUCGCUAACCGUCUGGAUGAAAGAAUGGAAACAAGAUUACCUAAUCCAGAGAGAUGCUGUGAGAUGGAAGAGCAAAAUAAUAAAAAAGAUACUAUGUCCUACCCAUUACUUUGGGAAAGUGGACAGGUUAUUUUAAAAGAGCUGGACUUAAGCAGUUGAUGAAGAUACGUGAAGGAAGCGUCUAAACUGGGAUUUAAUGAUUCCAAAGAACUAUCUACAAGUAUUAACAAUAUAAAAAAAUACCGAAAGCAUGUACAAUUUUCCUUUCCAGAGUAGCAGAGCCAUAAUAAAUCAUAUAUGCAAAUGUU